CUCCGCGCCACAUGCCGCUCGGCGCUGCCGCGAACUUAUACCGCUCUCGUAAUAUCUAAACGAUAUCCCCCACAAAAGUACAAUGACUUAUCAUCACGCUCCAAACUUCAUCCCGGCCACCUCCACGGGAUUCCAAACGAAGUUUCCCAAUAAACAUAGAUAGGAAAUGAACUUUUGUACUUAGUUUGUAAUGUUUCAGUGAUUGUAGUGAUAAAGACCCACUUAAGUGAAGUUACAAUAGCAUUUGAAGAAUCUCAUUUCAUUGUUGUUGAGAAUGGGCAAUAAAUUGGACUGUCACCUGAACUGACGUGGACGAGCGCCAAGGGCGCGAAGUGGAAAAUGUCGGGCAACGGGAGCGACCUCUCCGGCCUCGACGUGGCGUACUGCGUGCCGGGCGGCCAGGUGUUCCAGAGCAUGUACACGCAGGUGCACGGCUACAUCGCGCUCGUCAUCUGCCUCCUGGGCUCCGCCGCCAACUCCGUCAACAUCGCCGUCCUCAGCCGCAAGGAAAUGGCCUCCUCCACCAACACAAUCCUCACAGGACUCGCUGUCGCAGACCUCCUAGUCAUGCUUGACUACAUACCAUUCGCACUUCACCUCUACACGGGAAUCAGCUCAGAAUACAACAAAAACUCAUACGGAUGGGCCGUCUUCGUCUACUUCCAUUCCAUAUUCAGCCAAACCUUCCACACUAUUUCCAUCUGGCUGACCAUCACUCUCGCCAUUUGGAGGUACAUCGCGAUAAAAUUCCCCCAAAAGAACAGGACGUUGUGCAAUCAAAAGAACACUAACAUAGCAAUAGGUGUGGCUUAUGCCGUGUGUCCAAUACUGUGUCUUCCCAUUUACUUUGCUAUGAACAUCCAAGAGUUGAAAUUGAAUGCGAAUGUGAAUGAAACUAUGAGUGAUUUAGAUGUAGUGAACUCUACCUCGAGUGGAGACAGUGAGCGUGCAUACGCUAUACAAAUGACUGAUAACAAACAUUUGUUGACUGCUAUAUUCUGGAUUUACAGUGUAUUUAUUAAACUUAUACCGUGUGUAGUGUUAUCAAUUUUAAGUGUGUUAUUGAUAUUGAAAAUGAAGUCAAGUGAUAGAAGAAGACAAAAGCUUCUAAAGAAAUCAGCCAUCACAACCAAUGAGGGAGAGAAAACCCGGUUGAACGAGGACGGUGGCAAGCGAGGCGGCGGCGGGCGCACUGACCGGACCACGCGGAUGCUGGUGGCUCUAUUAGGGCUGUUCCUUGCUACGGAACUGCCUCAGGCCCUCUUCGGGUUGCUCACAGCUAUCGCACCUCACUUGUUCCAGAUCUGUUACUAUGCUUUUGGCGAGGUGAUGGACCUGAUGGCGCUAGUGGGCUCGGCGGUGAACUUCGUCCUGUACUGCAGCAUGAGCAGGCAGUUCCGGCAGACCUUCACGCGGCUGGCAAGGAAGGUGCUCCCCUUGCCGAGGGCCAACGGAGACCCCCUCGUACCACUGAAGGCGUAGCGAUCGCAACUAGCGACCACUUCGGUUGCUCACCUCUAGGCGUGAAGUGGCUUGACUAUCGAAUUUGGACAGUAGCCAUAAUCUAGUGUUCAUAGUUGUUUGUGAUAGAACUGACAUGGACAGUGAUAAUGUGUUAGAAUAAUUUGUUUACUAACUGCUGUGAUUCGUUGAUGAGCCAAACAACCACAGCAGUUACAUAUUUGAUGUCACAGUAGGAUUAUCUUGUAUAGUAUCCGAAAACCGGGCAAGAGCGUUUAUCAUAAUAUGUAUGUCAUACAUCGAUGGAAUAUCCUUUCAGUAAUGAGAUAAGAUUAAACGGGAAUAUGGAAAGCUGUUUUCUCUUCUGAGCUAUAUUUUUGAAUCAUAUCCGCUGGCGAGAGGUUCGCGGCUGCUUGGAAGCUUAGUCACGUGGCAAGAUAAAUUUCGGGAUGCUCGGCUAACAGACUUUACGAAUUUGCACUCGAACUUUGCGUUUUGAUAACCCAGUUGGGUUUGGGUAAACACUUUAUUGUAAAAGUACUCAUAAUUCUCGGAAGCUGAAAUACUGUGAAAGUUUGCCUUGAAUUAUGUUUAUUUUGCGUACAAACUAAAAGUAAAAUAAUAAAGUACAACUGCGGCAGCUUUGGUUUCUACGAAAUAAGGUACAUUUAGGACAACUUAAUUUCUUAGGUAGAUUUAUAAAAUGGGUGCUUUUAAUGAAAAGUACUUGAAUGGGCGAAAUUGGUUGAAAUUUAGGGUAAUUAAGUUGAACAAAGCGAAACAAUUGCCUCUCUUCAUUAAUAAGUGAGAACAGUAUACAUAUAACUUAAA